CCCACCUUCUCCUCCGCAGUCAGAAACCCUCGCCUCGGCCUCCAUCGUCUGAAACUGAAACCAAGCUCUCUCUCUCUCUCUCUUUCUCUCUCUCUCUCUCUCUCUCUCUCUCUCUCCGCCAUUUCGUAAACCUAAUCCAUGUCUUCGCCAUAGAUCUCCAUGCCCGGGGCGGCCCGAGGUCCGGAACACUAGAUCGCCAUGGAAGCUAGCUCUCCGCCUCCCGAUCUCCUCCUCCUUCCCCCGAUCCCCGCUCCGAUCGAGCGCGCGUGGCACCUCCUCACCGUCCUCGUCCGCCUCCGCCGCCCCGCCCCUCCCGCGGAGCUCGCCGCCCGAUGCGCGCUCUUACCCUCUACUUCGCCGGAGCUCGUGGAGUGGCUCUGUCGAAUCCCCGGAUCCCCGCUGUCGCUCACGGAAGAUCACUUCGUUACGGUCUCGGAGACGGGGUUUGCAGUUUUCGGGAAGUUCUUGUCGAGCAUGGCUGCGUUGUUCGUGCCGAGGGUUGCGGUUAGGGUAUCGGAGCAGAAGAGGAGGUUGGGCGAUGUUUCCUUGACGUAUGUGAGGAAGAGGAAGACGCGCCCUGUGGAGGAUGAUGUAACACUGGUGCCGAGAGCUAAGAGGAGGCUUUUGAUGAGCUCUGAUGGAGAAGUAGAAGAGUUGAAGGAAGAUCAGGGGGUGCGCAAGCGGCUAUUCCCUGUAAAUAGGAGCGAGGUACAUAUUCAUGUUCCAGAUCAUUUGCGAAGUGAUCUUAGGUCAGUUACAGCAUCAAGUGUGCGAUAUCCCUUGUGUUUUUCAAGCCAAAAGAGUUCUUCCCCUCAAACUUUCUGUAGCUCUAAUGUAUUCUUUCUCAGUCCUCUAUAUAUCAGCCCCAUCUGGCCCAGAGAUAAUGUGUCUAGCAGGUUAUGUCAGGAUAAAAUGGCCAUUGCGAUGAGGAAUAAGUUGCUAGAUUUCCAACAUUGGAAUGAAAUUUCACCCCUUGAUGAUGAAAGUACGACAAACACCCAAGACCCUCCUGCCCUUAAAAAGUCUAGGGCUACUGAACCUGAAGCAGUAUCUUCCUUUCAGGAUUGUGAAGAAAAGGAUUCCUUAUUUUUUAAGGAGAAUCUGAGCAAGGGUUCCCAGCUGAUGCCUAUCACAAAUACAGCAACAUGUGUUCACAUGAGCAUACUUGGGGGGAGGAAAAAGAAGAAUACUCUUACUAGGGACGAUGAUACUCCGAUUAAUUGUAACACAAGAACAUUGGAGAAUGCAGAAAAUCUCAGCAAUGUCUUUUGCCAAACAGAAGGAGAUCCAUUAACUGUUGGGGUUUUUAGAGAAGCCCAAAAUAUGCAACAAAAUUUUUGGACAGAUCAAACGUCCUCCAUGUUGAAACUUUCUGCGGUACAACAAUCAACUAAAGCAAAUGUUACUUGUAAAGAAAAAAGAAUGUUGACUUUGAAGGCCAAAGGCACAGAUGGGGCUGGAUUAUCUGUUAAGUUGUCAGAUAUGAAACAGGGAUCAGAUAAUCAAGGGGAUGUAAACUUCUGUUGGAAGAUCCAGGAUAAAAGGAUAGAUAAAUAUCUUAUGAAGCACAAGAUGAAGAGAAGCAGCAUCCAUAUUAUGUCUCCCAAAAAAGUUAAGGGGGACUCAUGUGUGGAAGCUCCCAAGAGCAAUGUAGAGCCCAAGUUACUGCCCAAUUUUGAAUCUUUCAUCAUCGAAGAAGAGGAAGGUUCAGGUGGUUAUGGGACUGUUUACAAGGCCCGGAGGAAAACUGAUGGCAAGAUAUUUGCAGUUAAAUAUCCCCAUGCAAAUGCUCAUUCACAUCAUGUCAAGAAUGAAAUGAAGAUGCUGGAAAGAUUUGGGGGGAGGAAUUUUGUGAUAAAGUUUGAAGGCUCCUUUAGUAGUGGCGAUGCUGAGUGCUUCGUACUAGAGCAUGUCGAGCAUGACAGACCAGAGGUCUUAAAAAAGGAAAUAAAUGUGUAUGAACUACAAUGGUAUGGUUAUUGUAUGUUUCGAGCCCUUGCAAGCUUGCAUAAGCAGGGAGUAGUGCACCGAGAUGUUAAACCUGGGAACUUUCUCUUUUCUCGUAAACUGAAUAAGGGAUAUCUCAUCGACUUCAACUUAGCCAAUGACCUGCACCAAAAAUUUUUCAGAACUAAUAAACCCGAAACAACCUCAUUCGCAAGAGUAGAUGCAGCUUCUUUGUCCACUUCAAAGUCCCCUUCAACUAAUCAAGGCAGAAGAACACUGACCAAUGCUGAUUUCAGUAAUGUGAAUAAGGAAGCAGCUAAUGAUUACAAGAAACAUUUAACAACCAAGAAGAGAACGAAUUGGAGCCCGUUUGAUUCCCAACCUACAGGAGAAAGUAAGAAUAAAUAUGGGAGUCAAGCUGCAGAAGGUUCUGGUGUAACCUCGGCAAAGGAUCUGACAAGCAUGAAGACUCCCACAGAUAGGUUAAAACAGCCCAUCCCUUGUAAAGGGCGCAAGGAGUUAAUUAACUUUCUUCAUGAGGCAAUGCAAAGUCCAAAUAACAAAGCUUCGACAACUCCAGCUUCUCAGAGGAAAAGGGUAGCUGCUCCUCCAGGAAAAGUUGAUAAGAGACUUUUUGUACUGACGCCUAUGCCGUUGCAUUCUGGUGGCAAUGCUGUUGCUGGUGCAGGCAUGCUUAAAAGUAACGGGAAUGGGAAGCACAGGAGAGAAGGUCCGUGUGUCGGAACUAAAGGAUUUCGAGCUCCAGAGGUCUUAUUCAAAUCUCUUCAUCAAGGUUGCAAAGUUGAUAUCUGGUCUGCUGGUGUUACCCUUCUCUACUUAAUCAUCGGAAGAACACCAUUUGGCGGAGAUCCCGAACAGAAUAUAAAGGAAAUUGCAAAGUUGAGGGGAAGCGAAGACCUAUGGGAAAUAGCCAAACUACACAACUGCGAGUCUUCAUACCCUUCGGAACUACUUGACGUCCGAUAUUUACGAUCCCUGGAUUUGAGGGAGUGGUGCAUGAGUAACACAAGAAGGCUGGAUUUUAUCGAGAUGGCCCCAGACUCCCUCUUUGAUCUAGUGAAUAAGUGUUUGACGGUGAACCCGAGGCGGCGGAUCACUGCCGAAGAAGCUCUAAUGCAUGACUUCUUCGUCCCUUGCCAUGAGAGACUGAGAAAGCAGAGGAUCCUAAGGAAGGCGGUUGUCUCCGAUCCUGGAUCUUUAACUCAGUAGAUGUCGCGGAUAAUAGUUUGUUGAUACACAUCUUGGCAGCCACCAACAAGCUUUUCCGAGGUAACAGUCUCUAUGAUGCUUCGUCUAUUCUAACUUUGUAAAAAUCCUCUUAAUCUUAGCGUUGACUCGGCACAUCUGAAUCUGAUGUAAUUUGUAUCCUUGUGUUGUAAUCAUGCAUUAAUAUAUUGUAGUUAGAGAGAUGCAUAAUCUGUAGAAAGCGCUAUGAAGGUCAAUUUGCUUGAUCAAACCUACAUCACAAUGCGUGGCAAAAGUUUUUACAGGAAA